AUGAAUAAGGACAAGAUUAAAAAGACUCAACUACUCAGUGACUUGGGGAGAUUUAAAGGAAAAAAAAUAACAGUAACUUUCAUUGAUGGAAAAUCGGUGACUGGAAAGCUCACAUCGUUUGAUGACGUUGGUAACUGCGUUCUGAAAAAGUGUGGAGAAUGGGACUAUGGGAAUACCGUAGUGUGCUUGGGAAGAAGCAUAGUACUUGUGUGUUUAAACGCACCAUACAUCCUGUGA